GUGGGCGUGAAUUUCCAGGCACCAGCUCCUCCAGGCUGAACACAUCCCUUAAAAUAGCGCAGGCGAAUUCGGAAGUCUCGAGAAAAAAAAAAUAUGGCUGGAGUGGCUUCCCCAAUAACUCGACAAGUAACCAAGGAAAGCCGAGGAACGGGGAGCCUCUCUGUCGAUAUCCACCUCAAAGAUGUCGAGGACUGUUUAAUAUACGACGGGCGCGGAGUCCCUAUCCCGUUCAAGACCUUGUAUCAGGACAGGAAAUCCGUCAUUGUUUUCGUGCGGAAUUUCCUGUGCUACAGCUGUAAAGAGUAUGUGGACGAUUUGAGCAAAAUACCCAGAGAGGCCCUGCAGGAUGCUGACAUUAGACUGGUUGUGAUUGGUCAGUCUGCCCAUCAUCAUAUAGAGCCAUUCCGCAAGCUGACGGGGUAUCCCUAUGAAAUAUAUGUGGACCCGGAGAGGUGCAUCUACCAAAAGCUUGGAAUGAAAAGAGGAGAGACGUUUAGUGAAUCUGCGCAGCCUAGUCCUCACGUGAAGUCUGGUGUUGUCGUGGGCCAGUUGAAGAGUAUAUGGAGAGCCAUGUCUAGUCCUGCAUUUGACUUUCAGGGUGACCUACACCAGCAAGGUGGAGCCAUCAUCAUAGGACCUGGCUCUCAAGUUCAUUUUUCGCAUUUCGACAUGAACCGCUUGGACCACAUGCCCAUUAACUGGCUCCUUCAACUUGCCGGAGUUCAACAGACCCUGGACUUCAGCGAUAAGCCAAAGAUCAUCCAUGUGUAGCUACCUGCUCACCUGAAAGUGGGCUUCACCUUAUGUCGAAAAAGUCUGAGAUCAGUGUUGGAGAUACUUUGCAAUUAAUAACAGCUGUUUUUUGCUGUAUUAGGGCUCAUAUCAUAAAUCGAUCUUCAUUAAGAUGCAAACCAGAGGGUGUGAACAUGUUCAUGAAGUUUGGAAUUCUACUUCUCCGUGGGUUGGGUGGGGGUUAAUUUGGUGCACGUGUCCAUUUUUAGAGUAGCAAAACUCCCCCGAGUGUCUGCUUACAUAGCCUUCUGCUACUGCCACAAAUCUCAUUCAUCAGUGACUUCUUCCACUAUGAAGUGUCUGGCAUACUUUAGCAAUCCCCUGCUCGUCCUGUGGGAUACUACACGGUGUGCCUUGCCUUCCUCUGACGCGACUUUCACUGACCUUGCUUCCUUUAUUCAGCAAGUUAUGUAUCUGUAAUGCUGCUUUCCUAUCUCUCAGCGAGCAGAAGUCUGUGUAUUGAUCUCCUGUGUUUUCUGUAAAUGAGUAAACAGUCAGUGCAGUGCUUGUAGAGGUAGAGCAUGAUUCAAUCUUUGCAGAUUUACAUGGAUAUGACUGACUAUCAGCACGGUGUCAGACUUUACAAACCCACUGUAUGUUUGAUUUCAUCGUGCGCCGACAAAUUGCAAACAUCAGUGACUAACGGUUGUGUCCCAGUAUUUCUAAGUCUAUUGUUUAUUCUACCUGACAGCAAGGCCAGAAUUUUGUGUGUGUCUGAAGUCAAAGGUUUAUGUCGAGAGCUAAUUCUUGACCUUGGAGACAGUGUCAGAUGGGUAAACGUUUCCUCGCUAUAGCAUUUUCCAGAGCUUCCGAUCCAUAAGCAAACAAAGGUGAAACCUUGUAAAGAGCUGUCCUUGAAGUAGCAGGUCGACGCAUGAGUUGUGCAAGAGGGGUGUGAAUGCAUUCAUGUUUUUGAUAAUAUUGUUUUCUGCUUUUUCUGUCAUCGGUGUUAUAUUAUUCUGUUUUAUUGUACAGUUGUGUGCAGCUUAUGCACUGUUUGUACUGCAUAGCCCCAUUACAUAGUGUUUAAUAUAUUGUAAAUAAAGUUUUUAUUAUUGUU